ACUUGGUCUGGCGUCUGGCGUCUGGCGGCAGUUCGGAGCGAGACGCCGACACGGCAUACGACGAGUAUUUUCGUCCCGAACUUAUCGGGCUCGAAAAUGCAAGUUAAUUUCCGCUAUAGUAUCAACUUGUCGUUGUUAUAAGUAAAACUGUUUUUUGAGAUAAAUUAUUAUCGUGGUUGUGGUGCCGAACGUAGUGGAUUGGAGAACAGAAGGGAAACGUGCUGGCUGCUGGUGUAGAGUUGCACGUAACAGGUCCUUGCAUAUUCUUUCGAGUGGCGACCGGCGACCGGCGUCCGGCGACCGGCGACCGGCGACCGGCCACCAGAAAUGGCAUUUUAAUGUCGAGCUUUACCGGAACGCACAAAGUUACCGUCAUCAAUUCGUGAAGAGAACAAGUGACAGUGAUAAUUUGCGCGUACUCGAUCGUCCAAUAAAAGAAUCGGGAGAAAUAUCGCAAAUUCCAGCUCCGUUCUUUCCAUUCAAUCGUGUUUAUCCGGCGCGGCAGUCGACACACGUACAGGAUAUACAUAUGUGCGAAGAAUCGGGAGAAGAAAGCGCGUCCGGUUCGCGUUUUGUCCUUUAAACGUGUGUGUUGUGGACCAGCCGAAGACAAGAAGGAGAGUCAAGUACGAAAUGCCGUGAUGCCGUGUGCCAAUGGGAGAGGAAUGCCGGCGUGUUGACGCGGAUCCGUUCCUCUUCCUCUGGUCGAGUGUCGCGCGAGAUGCGACCAUCCGGAUGGAUUCCAACCAGACUGUUCUGACCAUCGACCCGUAUUUCUUCCUAUUUCUCAUUUGGUCUUGGAGGGGAAGGAAAAAUAGGAGGGGAAUUUAGGGUCCAGCGCCGUCCAAGGAGCGAUCGGGAAGCAGGGUCGGGUGCAGCAGCAGGAUGACAACGAUACAGAAUUGCGGCGGUAGUUCGUCGAGAUGCGCGAAGCGUGCCUUCAUCUUCGUAUUCGCCUGGGGACUGCUAAUGAUCGCGGCGGUACAGUUCCGUCACUUGGAGAACAGGGCUCUCCGUCAAGAUAAUGGUCCGACGGCCGAGGACGGCAUCGGUAACCUGGCGGAGGUCGAUGGCGUCGGCAACGAUCGAGGUGCGAGCCGGGGUUCUUCGGGGAGCUUGAGUCUGUCCCGAUAUCUCUUGCAAAGGUCGUCGUUGAGCGAUCUCACCAAUUCUGGCGGUAACGGUGCCCUGCUGACCACCCUGACUACUCUGAGAAACCAUUUGGACGUAACGACAAGUACGCUCGAGCUGGAGCCGUUGCUGGACAAGAGACCAGCGAAAACCGAGCAGCAAUUGAUCGAAGAGAUCGCCGAGAGAAUACCGAGCUUACCGCUGAGCGAUUGGUCGAGAAACAGCAAACUGACAAAACGGAGCAACGAGAGCUGCGCCAAGUACCCACAGAUUUACGAUCUGGAGUUUAACAAUAUCUAUUGGCAAACUCUGCGAACCAGCAACGGCACAUUCCAGUUUUUCGGUGCGUUCUACGACAAUCGCAAGUUAUCCAAGAUCGGGCCGGCGGUAAGGAUCGUUGGCAUGAUCGAUCGAAUCGAGCCGAUCGUCAAGACGUAUUGUCAGUUGUGGUACGAGGGCGAGAGCGAGCCCAAGAUGAUCGAGACGCUCGAAUACAAGUACAUUUGGUAUCCUAAAUGGGGCAAUUACAAGCAGGGCAUCUAUCAGCCGUACGUGAUAGCGUGUAGAGUGCCGCCGCAAGCGCACGGUAAGCCACCGUCGUCCGUCUCCAUAGUGGAGAAGCGUUGCGACACGGCCACUAACCAUCUCCGAGUGAUUUACAACAAGCCCGAGCGCAAGAGGGACUUUGCGGUGUGCGUAAAGGGCCUGGACUUUCUGCACGAGGAUCUGUCGGUCCGACUGGUCGAGUGGAUCGAGUUGAUCAGCUUGCUGGGUGCCGACAAGAUCUACUUCUACGAGCUGCAGGUGCAUCCGAACGUGACCAAGGUGUUGCGGCAUUACCAGCGUCUGGGCAUGGUGCACGUGACCCCGUUGACCCUGCCGGGCGGACAGCCUAACGUGCCCGCCUUCCAGCAUAUGUAUCUCACGAAGAAGACCAAUCACAAGCGGCAGAACGAGCUGAUACCCUACAACGACUGUCUGUACAAACAUAUGUACGAAUACGAGUAUAUCGCACUGCUGGACGUCGACGAGGUGAUUAUGCCCGUCAAGGACGCGACCUGGCAGGAGCUGAUGCGCCGGGUGUUGCCCAAGGCCCUACAAAUACGGAACGAGACCCGUGCCUCGUACAACGUCAGAAACGUCUACUUCCUCGACGACCUACUGCACUCUCACGGUUACUUCAAGGACAUACCCAAGUAUAUGCACAUGCUUCAACACGUAUACCGCUCCAAGAACUUUACGAAACCAAACCAAUACAUCAAGUGCUUCCACAAUCCAGAACGAGUGGUCACUUUACACAACCAUUUUCCGCUGGCGUGCCUGGGUGCAGGAUGCACAAGUUACCCCAUUGAGACUGAGGAUGCGCAGUUGCAGCAUUAUCGCGCCGACUGCGUUCGGUCGCUAAAGAAAACCUGCGUGGAGUAUCGGGAGAACAGCUUGAUAGACACGACGAUAUGGCGUUACAGGGAUAAACUGAUCAGCAGGGUCACCGACACCCUCAAGACGCUCGGUUUCUUUGGCCCGAGAUAGCGUUGGAGAUUGAUCUCUCUCUCUCUCUCUCCUAUUUCUUACUCUUGUUUCUCUCUCCCAUGAAGAUUUGAUCGGUCGUCGCGGGAAGGACAAAGGAAAGGGCUGUGCGCGGCGAGAGAGCCACGAGAAGCGAUGAAUCUAUCAGCGGGAGGUAAUUGCCGGUGGGACUUGAGUAGAUUUAAUCCAACAGAUAAUCGGGAUCGGUGUAACCGGUAAAGUGGAUCCGUUUCUAGUGACAGCGUAAUAUCGCGUCUUGUAUUCUAUGCGUCAAGAGCGUGUAAGAAGAGAGUAGAUCCGCAAUCUUUGUCUGAUAAUAACACUACAAAUGUAUACAUAUCGUGUCUUGCGCGACAAAAUAUUUUAGCCUUGUUCAUUUCAAUCUAAUAAAAAAUUAUCAAGCGGAUCUAUAUUCUACAUCUUACAAUGCUCAAUUUACGCGAGUCCCACAUUAAUAUAGAAUUUUCGGGCGUUUACAUAGUCCGUGAAACGAAAAUUAUCUCAAAGUUGAGCGUAAUUGCACGCGGUUCGAUUUGUCUCGACAAUGAAACGCAAAUUUUUCAUUCAAAUGGCAAAUUGCUCGACUGGACUACGUUUGCGAUGAUGAAAAAAAAUGCAGUAUUCUCCCUCUUCCUUUUUGUAAAUAAUUUCUCUUAAUUAAGUCUUAUAUAUGCUCAAUAUGGAAUACCAAGUCUGCGAUUGAUCGAACCAUAGCCAUAGCGAAUAAAUGCGAUGUAUUGGUAGAUGGAUUACAAUUAAUGUUGCGUAUAAUUUUAAAUUUAUUAAAAGUUAAAUCGCGGGCUUUUACAGUUGUGCUUUAAUCUAAAGAAAUUAUAUGUAUAAAAGACAGGUGAAGUAGCAAAAUUAUUAGUUACAUUAUAAGUGCGUCACGUUAUAAUGUCGAUAAUAUACUUACGACGGCACAAUGUGUGACAAUUUCUUUUUUUUUGUUUAGUUUAAUGUGACGUUUGAAAUUAUUUUUGGAAUAGUGCUGAAAAAUAUUAGCCAUUCCAACGACUGAAACGCUGUGAGAUGUAUAAGCAUCGAUAUAAAACAACUUUUAACGAAUGUUCCGGAGUCGCGAAGCGGUUUGCUUUUCGAGGAUUUUGGGAAACGGAAAACAAAAGCUAUUGCAACUGUUAUCUCUUGAUAAGAGAGAAAAUAAAUAGAAAUAAAAUAACAAUAAAGCGCGGUUGGUGUACAUGAUCAUAAUCUCAUAGAUUAUACAUCUCAAUGUUAUUUCUAUUUCAAUUGGCGUUAGAAUAUUAAAUUACUUAAUAUAUGCAUUCAUUGAUGAAAAUGAUGACGAGUAUCGUCGUUUCUUUCUCUCGUCAAUUUUUAACUGAACAAUUUUCUUCGAGAUUUCGAAGAUUUGUCUAUCUUAUGGUGAACCUCGAUCGCUUUCUACACGACAAAAAUCGAUUGCUUUUUACUUGGACGUAAAGUUCGUUUGUUGAAGCAAGAGGGUGAUUCACGUUUCACCAUGAGAUAUAUAUAUAUAUAUAUCAAUAUAAAGGGACCAUUGUAAAUACGAGUCAAUAAGAGUUAGAAAAGUUGAUUCGCAUGACAUUAUUGAUUUAUACGCGAAAAUAAAAUAAUAUUGUAAUUUUUCAAGCUUGCGUGGGCUGUUUUUUAAACUGAAAUAUUGGCAGAUAAAAUGAUAUCUCUUAUUUUAUUUAAUAUAAUUUUGCUCUUGCUUAUACUCAUUUAAUAUAAUAUGUGAUAAUAUAUAAUACAUAUAUUACGUAACGAUAUGUCUCAUAAUUAUAUGCCCACACGUCAAUGCUUUUACUAUUAAGAGUGAACAAAUAUUAAGUUGAAGUAAAAUGAUUUAAAAAGAGGACUAUUCUUCGAAUUUAGCUAUUGAGAAAAAUACAGUGAGUUUCUCGUAUAAUCAAUAUUCAUGCGCUGUUUUACACGAUGAAAAUUUUGGUCUGCUGUAAUAAUUCUCAGAGAUAUAACAUAUUGAAAAUGUCUGUUUGUAAACUAAUAAAUUAUACUACGAGGA